AAUCUUGCGCAUGCCGCUCCCGGCGGUAUCCAGCUGGCAGAUCGCGGACUGGGAGCGGAUGCCAACAGUUGACUAUCUCGCCCGUGCCUGUCACGACGGACGAAUUUAGACGUGCUGUGGUUGCCGGCGACGGCCUCCCGCGGGAGCUGACCGCUGCUCAACAAAUCAUUCGUCCGUCCAUCAACGAGCUGUGGGCAGGUGCUGAUCAUCUAGACCCCAUGCCUCCGUGGCUGCGACGGGCGCCCGCUAUAAAGUCCUCCGGGCCCGUCGAGCCUGCUUUCUCUCAAACUCGUUCCGUCUCGUACCACCGCCUUCUCUGUCUAGACGAAUCCUAUUUCUCCUGGCCCCGGUCGCUCUCACUGUACUCGUAUUAAUACCCCGACGCUCCCGUUGACUCCUUCGCACCGACUCGCGCUUUGGCCGCUCAUCUCUUACUUACGACCUCUUCCCUCUCAACAUGACUAUAGUCCUUCACCCCGUCUGGUCCAACGGCGUCCAGAAGCUCAAGGUGGUCUCAGCACCGCCCCCGAAGCCCGCCCGCGGACUCCUCCCUCCCGCUCACGAUGACCAAAUCCACGCUCUCCGUUGCAUUGCGCAACUCCGCUCCAAGACCUCCCCCAUCGAAAAGUAUAUUUAUCUCUCCCAGCUGAAGGAUGCGGACCCUGCGAUGUUCUACCGCCUCUGCAUGGCGAACAUGGCCGAAUUCACUCCUCUUAUCUAUACCCCUACUGUUGGCGACGCCUGCCUGCAGUACUCCCACAUCUUCCGGAGGCCCGAGGGUCUAUUCAUCUCCAUUAAGGACAAGGGCAACAUCGGCAAGAUCCUCCGGAACUGGCACCGAACUGACGAUGCUCGUAUUUCCGUCGUGACCGAUGGUUCGCGUAUCCUCGGUCUUGGCGACCUGGGCGUGAACGGCAUGCCCAUCUCCAUCGGCAAGCUUUCGCUCUACGUUGCGGGUGCUGGUAUCCGCCCGGAGUCCACCGUACCCAUCUGCCUCGACCUCGGCACGGACAACCAGAAGUUCCUCGACGACCCUCUCUACCUCGGCCUGCGCCAGCGGCGCCCGCCGAUGGCCGAGCUCGAGGGCUUCAUGGAGGAGUUUAUGACCGAGAUGGCCGCCGUCUUCCCGAAGCUGCUCAUCCAGUUCGAGGACUUCGCGACGGACAAGGCGUUCGCGUACCUCGAGGCGUUCCGCGACCGCUACCCGCUCUUCAACGACGACAUCCAGGGCACCGGCGCCGUCGUCCUCUCCGGGUUCCUCAACGCCGCACGCCUCUCGUCUGCUGCCUCUGGGCGUCCGCUUGCGGAGCACCGCAUCCUGUUCUUGGGCGCGGGCUCGGCGGGUGUGGGUGUCGGCAUGCAGCUCAUGAGCUUCUUCAAGCUCCAGGGCUUGUCCACCGAGCAGGCGCGCGAGAAGAUCUGGCUCGUCGACUCGCAGGGCCUCAUCUACGACGGCCGCGGCCCCAUGGCGGAGCACAAGAAGUACUUCUCGCGCAAGGACUACAAUGGCCCGCCCAUGACGAACCUCACGGACAUCAUUAACUACGUGCAGCCCACCGCACUUCUCGGCCUCUCCACCACGAAGGGCGCGUUCGACCAAUCCGUCAUCGAGACCAUGUCCGCUAUCAACCCGCGCCCGAUCAUCUUCCCCCUGUCGAACCCCGUCCGCCUGUCCGAGUGCGAGUUCCACGAAGCCGUCGAGUGGUCCAAGGGCCAAGUCCUCUUCGCGUCCGGCUCUCCCUUCCCCGAGGAGGAGUACAACGGCCACAUGCUGUACCCCGGCCAGGGCAACAACAUGUACAUCUUCCCCGGCCUCGGGCUCGGCGCGAUCCUCGCGCGCGCGGCCGCGGUGACGGACUCGAUGGUCGAGGCGUCCUCGCUCGGGCUCGCGAACGCGCUCACGGAGGACGAGCGCGCGUACGACCUGCUGUACCCGCGCGUCGAGCGCAUCCGCGAGAUCUCCGCGCAGAUCGCGCUCAGCGUCAUCCGCGCCGCGCAGAAAGCGGGCGUGGACCGCUCGAGCGACCUGCGCAAGAUGUCAGACAAGGAGCUGCUCGCGUUCGUGCAGAGCAAGAUGUGGAACCCUUGAGUUCGUCAGGUGUCCUUCGCUGUUUGUCGCCCUCCGUCGAAAUGCUUCGCUGUCGAUCUCGGUCUCGCUUGUAUAGAGUAUAUAGUAACCCACACGGUCUAAUAGAGAGCGGAAUAGCUGUUUGCAA